AGGAGGCCUCUCGGCCGGCGCUUGGCGGAAGAAGAAGAAGGCGGCGGCGGCUCAUUGGUUCGCGCUCUUCGUGACGCGGGAGCGUUCCCUGGGCAGAGAGGCGUCGGUUUCCCCGGCGGCGGGUCUUACGCGAGGCCCCGGCUUGAGGCCUGUGGGGAAGGAGUACCUUAAACAUGGACAUUAAAAACUGACGCUCUGCUCUCUGUGCUACAAUCUACAAAAUUCAUUGACUUUCCCUGGUCCUUAAGCUUCGGCCAUGAUGCAACAAGCUUUAGAACUUGCACUGGAUCGUGCUGAGUAUAUCAUUGAAAGUGCACGUCAGAGGCCUCCGAAACGAAAAUAUUUAUCCAGUGGAAGAAAAUCAGUAUUUCAAAAAUUAUAUGAACUGUAUCUAGAAGAAUGUGAUAAAGAGCCUGAAAUAAAGAAGCUGAGACGAAAUGUGAACUUGUUGGAGAAGCUAGUUAUGCAAGAGACAUUGUCGUGCCUGGUAGUGAACCUGUAUCCAGGAAAUGAAGGAUAUUCACUGAUGCUCAGAGGAAAGAAUGGCUCAGAUUCGGAAACCAUUCGACUUCCUUAUGAAGAGGGAGAAUUACUUGAAUAUUUGGAUGCAGAAGAGCUACCCCCUAUUUUAGUUGAUCUCCUAGAAAAAUCUCAGGCUCAGUUCAAGCAUCACCCCAAACAGAUUAAUAUUUUCCAUUGUGGAUGCGUCAUAACAGAAAUACGUGACUAUAGACAGUCUGGUAAUCUGAAAUCUCCAACAUACCAAAGCAAACACAUCCUUUUGCGCCCAACAAUGCAGACCUUGAUUUGUGAUGUGCAUUCCAUUACAAGUGACAACCACAAAUGGACACAGGAAGACAAACUGCUCUUAGAAAGCCAGCUUAUACUGGCCACAGCAGAACCUCUGUGUCUGGAUCCAUCUAUCGCUGUAACCUGCACAACAAACAGAAUUCUCUAUAACAAGCAGAAAAUGAAUACUCGCCCAAUGAAACGGUGUUUCAAGAGAUACUCCAGGUCAUCUCUAAAUCGACAGCAGGAAGUGUCUCAUUGCACAACUCCACCACAGCUCAGGUUGUUUGAUUAUUUGCAAAAAAGAAAGGAGAGGAAAGGAACCCAGCAAUACGACCUCAAAAUCUCUAAGGCUGGGAAUUGUGUGGAUAUGUGGAAACAGAAUCCUUGCUAUUUGACUCUACCAUCUGAAGUGGAUGUGGAAAAAUAUGCUAAAGUGGAAAAAUCUAUCAAGCCUGAUGACUCACAGCCAAGUGUCUGGCCAACUCAUGAAAUAAAAGAAGAUUAUCUUUUUGAAUGUGAAAUUGGCAGUCAUCUUCAAAAAACAAAACUGACAAUUUUUCAGUCACUGGGAAAUCCAUUAUACUAUGGUAAAAUACAAAUGAUUAAAAGUGAUGAAGAUAAUGAGAUUCCAGCAACUCCGUCACAUUUCCUUAUUGGCUCAAAGUCAGAAGCAGAGCGGGUAGUCAACCAGUACCAGGAGCUGAUUCAAAAUGAAGCUAAAUGUCCAGUGAAGAUGUUUCAUAACUCCGUUGGAUCAGACCAUCUAAGUCAACUUUCUCCUGGGAAGGAAAUGGAACAGCCUGAGAGUGUUUCGGGGUACAUUCAGUCUUCAGUACUGGGGAAAAGUGUGAAACAUCGACCACCUCCCAUCAAACUACCUUCAAGUUCAGGAAGUACCUCUUCAGGGAAUAUUUUUAGUCUACAGCAGUCAAGUGGCCACCUAAAAUCCCCAACUCCUCCUCCUCCUCUUUCCAAACCUCCCGCGGUGUCUCGGAAGCAAUCCCUGGAUCUGAAUCCGCUGAGCAUGCUUUCUCCAGCUGCCGUGUCUCCUGCAAGCUCUUCACAAAGAGCCUCUUCCAACCAGAUCAUGGCAAGCGCUGGAGGACUUAACUUCAUCAAUGUGGUGGGCUCUGUGUGUGGAGCACAGACCUUGAUGAGCAGCUCAAACCCCAUGCUGGGGUGUGGUACUGGUGCAAUAAGCCCUGCAGACCUAAACCUCGGUGGCAUUUUACCAUCCGGAGGCCUGGUUCCAAGUUCGCUGCCUGCCGGAGGAACGCACCCCACCUCUCAACCCGCAGGUGGUCCUUUUGGUUUGAAGAACGCUCCAGGCCUCCGCCCUUUCAAUCUGCUACAGCUUCCAGGUGGCUCCCUGAUUCUCAACCCUCUCCAACAGCAACAGCGUCUCUCCCCAUUUUCAUCACAGCAGCCCAUAACUUCAAGUCCUCAGCAACUGGGAGAUCAGGCAGGCAUACAAAUACAGUGGAAAUCUAGGGGUUCUGAGCAAGCCUCCGCAAAUCAAGACCAGGCGUUAUCUGCUCAGCAAGCUGCUGUAGUUAACCUGACCGGAGUAGGGAACUUUAUGCAGCCUCAGGCAGCAGCUCUUGCACCGUCAAAUGGCUCUGGCAGCAGCGGCACGAGCAGCUCAGCUACAUCCUCAUCAUUCAGGCACCCAGUCAAAAAGUAAAGAAGCACCUCAAUGCUGCCAAAGUUCUAAAACUUACAUUAUAUCUAUAUAUGUAUGUAUAUUUAUAGUUAUAGGAAUUUCUGGUGAACUUGAAUAAGU